CAUGUGUGUGACCGGUGGAGUAUAUAAACGUAGGAGCUGACAGCGGCUUGGCCUCUACGAGCGAUACAUCACGCUUGGAACGGGUCCGUUUGUCUGGGGCGUUCGGAUGUCCGGCGACUCUCCUGUGAAUAUUUGACGCUCACGAGCCAAAGACACAAGUGUGGAGCUCAACAUGGUGCAACUGUCUCCCUCGCCAGUUCUGGAAGUCGCCCCCCCACCUGAGUGCUCAGAAGGUGACGGAAGACAGAAGGACACUAUGACUGCUGGUAGCUCAAAGAUGGGCUUGCCCAGUGGACCAGAUGCCCUGCAGCUCAACCUGGAGAUCUCCACCAUCUAUCAUGGCUAUGAAACCUACGUAGAAGAUGGUAUCAUCUGCCUCAAACACAAAGUCCGGAACUUGGAGAAAAAGAAACUGAAACUGGAAGAAUACAAGAAGAGGCUGAACCGGGGCGAGGCACUAAACAAGGACCAGAUGGCAGCUGUGGAGAGGUAUGAGGAGGUGCUACAUAACCUGGAUUUUGCACGAGAGCUACAUAAAACCCUGGAUGGCUUGACUCAGAAUUUACUGACAGCCCAGAAGAAGGCCAUGAAGAAGGAGCAGGUGGAAAAGUUGGAGCAGGAGCGGAAGCGUCUAAGCAUGGUGCUCCAGGUGCAGCACCUCCUCCACAGCCUGCAACAGGAGCAUGUUAGGAGUGACCUGUUAGCUGGACACAACCAGGCGCCCCAUGUCCCAGCCCAGCAGCUGCACAGCCUGAGUCAGCUCGCCACCUUGCUUGGAGUCAAGAGGGAUAAUAGACUGAGUUUAGCAGAGCAAAUGGAGCAGGCUGCUGUGGUCUACUUGGACCUGCUGGAGGGGAAAGACAAGCCAGUGGCAGGGGCUACAUUUAAGUUGUUGAAAGAAGAGCUCACCAUGCUGUUAAACUGCAAGUACUUCAGUUAUCUACCUCCACCAAAGCCAAACAAGACUCCAGAGGUGUUCUUGAACUCAAACAGCCACAUCACCACAUCCAAGUCAAACCCAAGCAAAGUUUCUAAGGAGUCUUUCAACAGACUGUACCUGACUGACAUGGAGAAUCCUUCCACUCAGAGCUGGAAGGAGGACUUCCAUGCCAUAACGGAGAAGGAGCCUCCUGACUACUGGGAUAUGGACUUAGCAGCUGGACCCACCUCACCCCAGACUGCAGUCCACAAAUCUUGGAAAGGAGCUGCUACUUUCAUCCCCAAAGUCCCAGUCACAACAAAGAAACAGUCUGACCUCAAACAGAGAAAAAAGAGAAAAGCCAAAGGAGAACAAAAUGCCAAGUCGGUAGUUCACAUGGACAUGCCUGAGGAGGUUUUCAACUCUUCAUCUGGCUUACCAAAAGACCCUAUCCUUAGGAAGCAGCACCUGGAGGACCUCAUGACAAAGAUCCAUGGCUCCUUCAGCUUCAUGCAGGAUUCUCUUCUGGAUGGUGAGGGCUCCCCACCUAAUGGACUGAAGAGGAGACUGUCUGGAUCUCCCUCUCCUCUGGCUCAGACAGACUUUGGAAGCCCUGUUGAGGUCCUGAACAAAGCAAUGCAUUCCACCCCACUGUCUACCAGUCUUAUGGAGCGUAAAGUCAGUCUGACCAGUGUGGAUCAGUGCUUGGAUGACUGUGAUCCAGAGCUUUCCUCCACGGAUCUACAUCAUGAGGCGAUUCAGUUGGCUGAAAGAAAGGCGUUUUCCUCCCCGCCAUUGUACUGCAGGGAGUCAACCAUCUCUGUCAAUCUAGAGGACGAGAGCCAUCCUCAUAUCUUCAAGAUGAAUGCCUCUUUAUCUCAGAAUGGGGAAGAGAAGUUCAAACAAGGGUCUGCAGUUUUCCCUGAGCACAUGUACAGCACUGCCAGUACCCAAACACCACCCGAGUUUGCUCCCUUAGAAGAUGAAUCACAGCCGGUGUACCAGUCAGCUUAUAUGGUGAGUAAUGGUGGGCAGAUCUUCCCAGCCCCGUGCCAGUCAGGUGGAAGCAUGGGUCGGCCUGGCCAGUCGUAUCACACCAGAGGAUCCGUGAGAGGUAUGGCACGUGGCGGCAAAGGACUGGCACAAACCUUUCGCUCUUCUGGUUGGCAUCGAGGAGGACCCUACAUCCCCCAGGCUCAUCCCAGGGACUCUGGCCCUCUCCUCUAUCCUGCUAGAGACUCUGGAUACCAACACAGCUAUAGACGUGGAGGAGGGAGGCACAACUCCAGUGCCUGGAGUGACUCAUCCCAGGUUAGCAGCCCAGACCGGGAGGGAACCUUCACAGUCGUGGACUCGGGUCAUGGGGAUUCGCUGUCAGUUUCUACUCUGGAGGUUCCACUUACUCCACAUAGCCACCCCCACACUACCCUGCUUCCCAUGCAACUUUACCCACUCUCCCAGCCACUACGAGUGGCCUUCACCGCCUCUCGCACAGCCAACUUUGCCCCGGGUAACCUGGACCAGCCAAUUGUGUUUGACCAGCUGCACAGCAACCUAGGGGAGAUGUAUGACACUCAUAUUGGGCGCUUCACGUGCCCUAUCAAUGGAACCUAUGUCUUCAUCUUCCACAUCCUGAAGCUCGCCAUCAACGUGCCGCUCUACAUCAACCUCAUGCGCAAUGAGGAUGUGAUGGUUUCAGCAUAUGCCAACGAUGGAGCCCCAGAUCAUGAAACAGCCAGCAACCACGCCAUCCUACCUCUUUUCCAAGGAGACCAGGUUUGGCUCCGGUUGCAUCGUGGUGCAAUCUAUGGCAGCACCUGGAAGUAUAGCACCUUCUCUGGCUUCAUGCUGUACCAGGACUGAACGACUGUCAACCAAGUGUCCUUUUUCUCCUAAUGUGUGGACUGUUUGCUUUGCACUAAAUGGUGAUUAAACUGACAUUUCACUAGUGUGAUCAGGCUGCAUGCCAGUGCCCUUUUCACCAGAAAGCCCAUUUGUCCCAUAGGUUGUCAGUUGCCAAAUCUUGUGAUCUGUAUCACAACCAUUAUCUACAUAUGAAAUGGGAAAUAUGACUACUUGACAACUAGCAAAUGUACCUGAUUCCCCAUGAAUGUGUAGUUAAUGGUGGUGGCACGCCAUGUGACUAAUAAAAUAACUGGGCCUUGAUCACAUGUUGUCAUGCUGUUAAUUAUCCUGUAGUACAUCAUCUGUUCAGCCCACAGGUCACUGAUUUCAGUGAGAACUUUAAUGCAAUGUUAUGAAUUUGUGCCUUUUUGUUUUCUGAAUUGCUUUGGGUGACUGAGCAGUUGUAAAGCGACCAAUGAUGUGAAUGAAUGGCCAACUUAUUGAAUGAGUUAAUCGAAUACUACCUGCUCUUUGCUUGAUGGUGGGCUCCUGUGCAUUCAUUGCUGUGAGUGAAUUUGAAGCAGAGAAAGGAAAGAUUGUGUUCCGGGUGGUGGGUAUGGUGUUGAACACUUUGAGGCCAAACUGUUGCACUAAUGGACUACUGUGGAGAGAUGGAAGCAGUCCCUUGAUGUGCCUAAUGUUAAAUAAAAGAUGAGCAGUAACA